AUGGAUGACAAAGAGAAAAUCAUCGAGAAUAAGCCGGCUAAAAAUGAGCCGGUACUCAAAGCCUUUGUCCAAAAGGUUAAUAGCUUGGAGGGGUCAUUUCAAAAAGUAUUGGCCCAUAAGGUCAACAGUACGGAAGGGGGCGUUCAAAAAGUGCUGCAAAAGUCCCAAUUGGGACGUACGGUGUCGGGAAAGUCGACGUUUAGUACGAAGUCAAAGGGCGGUAAACCCCUCACCUUUAAGACCAAGUUUUUCUAUAGUAUGGGACAUAUCUAUAAUGAUCUGACUUUUCAAUUCAGCGAUUCAAUGGCCGGUGCCUUGUUGUUGAUCGGCCAAAUGGCCGACGCUAUAGCCUCGCCAUUCGUGGGCUUCCAAUCGGACCGAAUGCCCGACAUUUGGAUCUUCAGAUACGGGCGAAGAAAGUUUUGGCACUUAUUGGGAGUAAUCAUGAAUACGGUUACCGUUCCCUUCAUCUAUAAUACCCCCUGUUUUCCGGGUGACUGUUCCGGGUCAUCAACUAUAGGCCGCUUUGCCUAUUACGCUGUACUUAUCAUUAUAUUUCAAGCCGGUUGGGCUGCUACCCAGGUUAGUCACGUGAGUUUAAUCGUUGACUUAACGGACGAUACAAAUGAAAGGAUUGCGUUAAAUGCUUAUCGUCAAGCCGCCACAAUAUUUGCGAAUAUAUGCUUAUAUACAGUAACCCUGUUUGUCAUCGGGUUUGAUUCAAGCGAAACAAUUAGCCAGGAUGAUUUAGAUGUUUUCACGAUGGUCUCAUACAUCGUAUGCGUGAUCGGACUGGUAUUCUCCCUACUGUUCCACGUGUUUGUCGCCGAACCGGUAGUUCCCAAAGAGGAGCGAAAACCACGUGGUUUCAGCACUGCCUCAGCCUUUUCGGUGGACACCCAACGGGCCCUUUUCCAGCCCCGGGCCUCCAUCAUAGCCCCCAUAUAUACCCCGGACUCACCCGAGGAUUCAGAUGACACCGGGAGUGUUGACGAGUCAACCGAUGUUUAUCACGUGACCGGUAAGGGUAGACCUGGUUUAAUGAUGGGACCCGUGAAACGUGAUCUCGAGAGACAAUUAUCGCGAAAAUCAACAAGGUCCAUGAGACAGCCGGAUACAAAGUUUUAUCAAUGGUUAUUAAAAUUCGAUUUUUGGAAGAUUACGAUCAUGUAUACGAUGGCCAGGAUGUUUUUUAACUUAGGUCAAGUGUACUCGCCACUGUACUUACAAUACUCACUGCAAAUGCCUAAAUAUAAUGGUAACAUUGGCUACAAUACGAUAGCGAUUAUGCCAUUUGCUACUUAUGUUGCGGGACUGGUAUGCAGUUUCGGGGCCAAACCCUUCUCAGCCCGGUAUGGCGCCCGGUGGGUACUCAUAAUAGGCGUAGCCUUUGGUGUGGGUUCGUGUGUCUGGAUCUUUAUCGGGGGGAACACCGAGUCGUAUAAGUUGUGGCAAAUCUAUGUCGUGUCGGCACUCCUGGGUAUCGCCGGCACAGCACUACUCAUCUCAACCCUCGCGCUCACCAGUGAUCUCAUCGGCACUAAUAAGUUAAAGCACUACUCAUCUCAACCCUCGCGCUCACCAGUGAUCUCAUCGGCACUAAUAAGAAUUUAUUAA